AUGACAUUAACCGUUCUUACAGACAGCCAGGUCAAUGACAUCCUUGAGAGCCUUACAAUUGACGAGCUGGAUGAUUUUCGACAUGUCUUGUCAUCUGCUUUGCACGAGUUCUCUACCGGCACCGAUGCUGGCGAUGGCGAUGUCUACCAACAACCCCACAGAAUCACAACGCUUCACCCUGAGACCAAGGCCACCUCUCUAUACAUGCCAUCUUGCGGACCGGAGGGUAUGGGAUGCAAGAUUGUCUCGUUGACUUCCUCAGCCGCCACUCAGGAUCCCACAGUGAAGCCUAUUAGUCCUACUGGAGUCGUCAACUUAUUCCACCCUGAUGGGAGUCCCAUGGGCCUUGUCCAUGCGAGCACUCUGACUGCCUUUCGCACCGCUCUUGGAUCAGCCUGUCUCCUUACCCGCCGCAACCAUGUCAAGACUCUCACCGUCUUUGGCAGUGGCAGUCAAGCUUAUUGGCACGUUCGCCUGGCACUCCUCAUGCGUGGAAGCACUAUCAAACAUGUACACAUUAUCAAUCGAAGAUUUUCCGACAGUGCUGGCCUGAUCCUCAAGAAAUUCACCAUCAUCCCCGCGGACAUCAAGGAGCGGGAAGGAUGGGCACACACGAAAUUUAGUAUUAUAACACCAACCUUUCACGACUUUGAACGGCUCCAGAAGGAGCAGAUCCGCAGCGCAGACGUUAUUUAUUGCUGCACUCCGUCGCGACAAGAACUGUUUGACGCAUCUAUCCUAACCUCACACGAAGGUCGCAAAAAGGGCCGACUUAUCGUCGCUGUUGGAAGCUACACCCCUGAGAUGAGAGAGCUUCCCGAGGGCCUUUUGCAUCUUGUGACAAAGCCCCAUGAGAAGCACCAUCGUCACUUCCAUAAGCACGCAGACGAGGGCGGCGUCAUCGUGGUAGAUACCCUCGAGGGGGUGUUGAAGGAAGCGGGCGAAAUCAUUUCUGCUAAAAUCAGCCCCCAUCAAAUGGUCGAACUUGGCGAACUCGUCAUGCUUCACCGUCUCGCUAUCGAGGAAUCAGAGACAGAUACUACUGGCAGUCAGACGCCGGCGUCUUCGGAAUAUGAAGUCCCCCUAGACGGUGACGACAAGACCCCUUCGAUGUCAUCAGUCUACAGCGAUCCAGUACCCCGGCCAGCGAGCCCAUCUAGUCCCAGCUUGUCCAACCAUUCCCGCAAGCCAAGCUUCCCACUUCCUUUCCGAACUCGUUCCGGAGGCUCGGCUGAUACGGAGAAGAAAAAGGAGGAUAGCCUGGCCCGUUGGCUGAGAGAUGGAACCGUAGUCUACAAGAGUGUGGGAUUGGGGCUGAUGGAUCUGGUAGUUGGCAUGCAUGUGAUCAAGGUGGCCAGCGAGAAGAAGAUUGGUACGCAGAUUGAAGGAUUUUAG